AUGAAGAUUAUCAGGUGGGUCAGGAAGUUACCAGGUGGGUCAGGAGGUUACCAGGUGGGUUAUGAAGGUUACCAGGUGGAUUAUGAAGGUUACCAGGUGGGUCAUGAAGGUUACCAGGUGGGUCAUGAAGGUUACCAGGUGGGUCAGGAGGUUACCAGGUGGGUCAAGGAGGUUACCAGGUGGGUCAUGAAGGUUACCAGGUGGUCAGGAGGUUACCAGGUGGGUCAUGGAGGUCAGGAAGGUUACCAGGUGGGUCAGGAGGUUACAGGUGGGUCAGGAGGUUACCAGGUGGGUCAUAGAAGGUUACCAGGUGGGUCAGGAGGUUACCAGGUGGGUCAUGGAGGUCAGGAAGGUUACCAGGUGGGUCAGGGGCACCAGGUGGGUCAGGAACGUUACCAGGUGGGUUCUGGCUACCAGGUGGGUUCUUAA